AUGGAUCGGUUGGGGUGGCUGGACUGGCAUAUGAGGAGGAUGGGGGUUAGCAUGGUGGGUGAGCUGGGAUGUCGAGGGCUGUCGGUUUUGGGGUGGGGAGGGAGUCAUGCUGUGCUUGCGCUUCAGGAAGCUGCAGAGGCCUAUUUGGUGGGUCUGUUCAAGGACACCAACCCGUGCGCCAUCCAUGCCAAGAGGGUGACAAUCAUGCCCAAGGACAUUCAGCUUGCUAGGCGCAUCCUGGAAGCAAUUGGAAUUUAG